AUGAAUAAUGAAAGCUCCCCAGGAGGUUUUGUUCUCUUGGGCUUCUCUGACCAUCCCCAAAUAGAGAAGGUCCUCUUUAUGAUAGUACUGAUGUCCUACUUCAUAACCCUAGUUGGCAAUACACUCAUCAUAUUACUCUCUAUCCUGGACUCCAAACUCCAUACUCCCAUGUACUUUUUUAUCUCCAACCUCUCCUUCCUGGAUCUCUGCUUCACCACGAGCUGUGUUCCCCAGUUGUUGUCCAACCUCUGGGGUCCAGAGAAGACCAUCAGUUUUAAUGGUUGUGCAUUCCUGGCUCUAGGGACCACUGAGUGUAUCCUCCUGGCUGUCAUGGCCUUUGACCGAUAUGUGGCAAUCUGCCAACCUCUCCGUUAUGCUAUCAUCAUCCAUCCCCGACUUAGCCAACAAUUAGCAGCUGUAGCAUGGAUCAUUGGACUAUUGGAAUCUGUGAUCCAGACACCACCCACUCUUCUUUUACCAUUCUGCUCUCACAGAAGAGUAGAUGACUUUGUAUGUGAAGUCCCAGCCCUCAUCCGCCUUUCCUGCGAGGAUACCACCUACAAUGAGGUCCAGAUGGCUGUGGCCAGUGUGCUCAUUCUGGUUGUGCCACUGACCCUCAUUUUGGUUUCCUAUGGUGCUAUUGUCCAGGCUGUGCUAAAGAUUAACUCAGCAGUAGGACGGAAGAAAGCCUUUGGGACCUGCUCUUCCCACCUCCUGGUGGUCUCCUUCUUCUAUAGUUCUGUCAUCACUGUUUACCUUCAGCCCAAGAACCCCUAUGCCCAGGACCAAGGAAAAUUCUUUGGUCUUUUCUAUGCUGUGGGAACUCCUGCACUAAACCCCCUGAUAUAUACUCUGAGAAAUAAAGAGGUGAAGGGGGCAUUUAGGAGGCUGUUAAGGAAGAUCAGGAAAGCAGAGGAGAGCUGA